GUUUGCUCCAAUGGAACGCGAGUGUUUGUUCAUAGAAGUAUUGCUGCCGAGUUCCUCAAACAACUUGUAACUGCAACUGAAAAGCUGAAGAUUGGUGACCCCUUUGCUGAAGACACAACUGUGGGGGCAACCAUCCAUGAGGACCAUGCUAGAAAAGUGUUGAGUUACGUUGACAGUGCCAGGCAAGAGGGUGCAACUGUUUUGUGUGGAGGAGAAAGGGUAUUGCUGAAGGGAAAGUUGGCUGGAGGAUGGUACCUUUCACCUGCAGUCCUUACAGAUUGCCGAGAUGAUAUGAAGGUAGUGCAAGAGGAAGUUUUUGGCUCUGUUGCCUCCGUGCUAGAGUUUGAUACUGAAGAAGAAGCCGUUAAGAGAGCAAAUGAUACGAAGUUUGGACUAGCUGGUGCUGUUUUUACAAAGGACAUUCAAAGGGGACACCGAGUAGCUAACGCCAUUGAAGCAGGAACUGUCUGGAUUAAUACCUACAACUUAUAUCCAACUGAGGUUCCCUUUGGUGGUUACAAACAGAGUGGAAUUGGCCGAGAAAAUGGGUUAACAGCUGUUGAUUACUUUACGCAGACACGCACCAUCUAUGUAGAAAUGGGUGAUGUUGACUGCGGAUUACUUUACCAGGAUUAGAGUAGUCUAUUUUCAUUAUAUGCUGAUAGAUUGAAAGGCCACAUAUAUUUUGUGCUGUUUUGUUAUAAAAUCUAUAUGAAAUAUUUUUAUACUUUCAUAGAUGUAUACAGUAUAGUUUAAGAUUAAAGUGAACCUUGUAUCUCAUACUUUUUCUUCAUUUAUUUUCAUUUAUGUAUAAAGAAAAUAAGUGAAAAUCAGUUAGAAAUUUAGUAAUAAAUCAUGUGCCAUAUUUUAGUGUAAUUUACAAAAAUGAAUUAAGGAGAAAGUCUGGAUAUCACUGCUAAGGUGAAAGCUCAGUGGUGAGGAAUAUGUCCGAGAAAUGGAGUUAAAUUUUUCAACGUGCAAUAAGGGAGAUACUUGUGAAAAUAUCAGAUUUUAACCGAAAGUGGAUGUGGGUCUGUGUGUAAUCGGUACUGACAGUAGGAUAAGGGUUGGAUUAGACUGCAUUCGUCUUUUGUCAAGACUGAAUAUUAGUCUUGUUUGUUAUGGGUUUUCUCAGUAUAUUUGACAUUCCUUUUCUUGUUAUUGUUUUCUUUACUAUUUAAUGUGCAUGUUAUGUUAAUGUGAAGAUUUUAAUAAAUAUUAAUUUGCAA